AUGGGUUCGGAAAGUGAGGCUAAAAUUCCUGUAAUCGAUUUAUCAAAUGAAAAGUUGAAGGCAGGUACAAAUUCAUGGGUGGAAGCUCGUGAUUCAAUCCGAAAGGCUCUAGAAGAGCAAGGUUGGUUCAUAGCCGAGUACGAUCAAGUAUCGUUGGACCUUCACAAUGCAAUCUUCAGUGUGACUGAGGAGUUGCUUGAUCUCCCUUAUGAGACUAAAAUAAAAAAUCUUAACCAUAAACCUUCCUUUGGUUACAUGUAUAAAAUAUCAAAUAUUCGUUUACAUGAAAGCUUGGGCAUUGACGAUGCAACAACUCUUGAAGCAUGCCAAAACUUCACCAACCUCAUGUGGCCACAAGGCAACGAUCAAUUUUGUGAAUCUGCUCACUCGUACGUACAAUUAGUGGCCAAACUUGAGCAAACGGUGAUGAGGAUGGUUUUUGAAAGCUACGGGAUAGAAAAGUACUACGAGUCCCACAUAAAGUCCUCCACUUAUCUCCUACGAUUGUUGAAAUAUAGGAGACCUGAAAAAGAUGAAGACAAGCUUGCAUUUGUGUCCCACACGGACAAGAGCUUUAUUUCCAUACUUCAUCAGAAUCAUGUCAAAGGUUUAGAGUUAAGAACAAAAGAAGGAAACUGGUUUCAUUUUGAGCCCUCACCUUCUUCCUUUGUGGUUAUAGCAGGUGAUGCCUGCAUGGCAUGGAGCAAUGAUAGAAUAAAACCCGGUUACCAUCGAGUUAUCAUGAAGAACGAUAAUGAAGUAAGAUAUUCAUUGGGAUGUUUUUCAUUUCACAAAGAUCAACUGGAAGUGCCAAAAGAACUUAUAGACGACAAGUAUCCUUUGCAAUACAAGCCUUUUGAUCAUACUAGCUUCCUUUUUUUCUUCGACAAAAGUGAUGAAAGGAAAACUCAGCACGGCAUUAUUAAAACUUAUUGCGGCACAUGA